AACGCCCCUCGUCAGUCCUCCAACCUCCCAGCGAGAAGAAAGAAAGAGCGUCCCCGGAAACCACUGAAACUCUGGGGUAGAGUGGCCUACGCCCUUCCCUUUUCCGAGUCUUCCUCGUUUUCCCUCUUGCAAGAGAGGGCCCAAGGGCUCCCCCGUCUGCCCGGGCGGCUAGCGGGAUCCGCACGAAGCCGUGGUGGGGAACUGGCGGCGUGAGAUUGCGGUGACCCGGAGCUCUGAGAUUCCUUAGUACGAUGACUCAAGCAGAAAUUAAACUAUGUUCUUUGUUGCUGCAAGAACAUUUUGGAGAGAUCGUGGAAAAAAUUGGAGUCCACCUAAUCAGAACUGGUAGCCAGCCACUAAGAGUAAUUGUCCAUGACACAGGAACAUCACUGGAUCAGGUAAAAAAAGCUCUUUGUGUCCUCAUCCAACAUAACCUGGUGAUCUAUCAAGUGCACAAACGUGGUAUGGUGGAAUAUGAAGCCCAGUGCAGCCGGGUGUUGCGAAUGCUCAGGUAUCCCCGUUACAUCUAUACUGCCAAAACACUGUACAAUGACACUGGAGAGCUGAUUGUUGAGGAGUUGCUGUUGAAUGGCAAAAUGACAAUGUCAGCUCUUGUGAAGAAAGUGGCAGACCGGCUCACAGAAACUAUGGAGGAUGGCAAGACCAUGGACUAUACUGAGGUAUCAAGCAUAUUUGUGCGACUAGCAGACACACACUUUGUGCAGCGUUGCCCGCUGGUACAUGCCACUGAGAAUCCAGACUCUGGGCCACUGCCACCUGCCCCGACUCUUGUAAUCAAUGAAAAGGACAUGUACCUGGUUCCUAAACUGAGCUUGAUAGGAAAAGGUAAAAGGAGGAGAUCGUCUGAGGAUGAUGCUACUGGGGAGCCCAAGGCCAAGAGACCAAAACAUACCACAGAUAACAAAGAGCCCAUUCCAGAUGAUGGAAUUUAUUGGCAGGCAAACCUUGACAGAUUCCACCAGCACUUCCGAGACCAAGCCAUUGUCAGUGCAGUUGCCAACAGGAUGGACCAGACCAGCAGCGAGAUUGUGAGGACCAUGCUUCGGAUGAGUGAGAUUACCACUCCUUCUAGUGCCCCGUUCACCCAGCCAUUGUCUUCCAAUGAGAUCUUUAGAUCCCUGCCUAUGGGCUAUAACAUCUCUAAGCAAGUUCUUGAUCAAUAUCUCACUCUGCUGGCAGAUGAUCCACUAGAGUUUGUUGGAAAGUCUGGCGACAGUGGUGGAGGAAUGUAUAUCAUCAACCUGCAUAAGGCUCUCGGAUCCCUAGCCACAGCCAGUCUGGAGUCCGUUGUACAGGAGAGAUUUGGGUCUCGCUGUGCCAGAAUAUUUCGUCUAGUUUUGCAAAAGAAACACCUGGAACAAAAGCAGGUGGAAGACUUCGCAAUGAUUCCAGCAAAGGAGGCAAAGGAUAUGCUUUAUAAGAUGCUUUCAGAAAAUUUUAUAUCACUCCAGGAAAUUCCCAAAACGCCAGACCAUGCCCCUUCCAGGACCUUCUAUUUAUAUACUGUGAACAUCCUGUCAGCUGCCCGCAUGUUGCUGCACAGGUGCUACAAGAGCAUAGCCAACUUGAUACAAAGGAGGAAAUUUGAAACCAAAGAGAACAAGCGUCUACUAGAAAAGUCUCAAAGGAUAGAAGCCAUCAUUGCAUCUAUGCAGGCUACAGGUGCAGAAGAGGCACAGCUACAAGAAAUAGAAGAGAUGAUCACAGCUCCUGAACGCCAGCAGCUAGAAGCUCUAAAACGUAAUGUCAACAAGUUGGAUGCCAGUGAGAUCCAGGUGGAUGAAACUAUCUUCUUGCUGGAGUCAUACAUAGAGAGCACUAUGAAGAGACAAUGACCCUGAAGAAGAGUCUUCCUCAAAGAUGUGGAGGGUUUGGAAGGAAAAUUAAAGGAGGUGCCUGGAUGCAUUCUUUGCAGCAGGAUAAGUUACAGAUUCUUGUACUGAAAUACUUUUUUCCUACCUCCUAGAAUACACCAGAAAGAGCUAUACAUGUUUUUUUAAAGUUUGCUGAUCCUGUAUUGGACCCAUCACUACAUUCUCCCCUCCCUGGCAGGAGAAACUUAAAAUCAACUGGAGUAAUCAUCUAUCAGAUGCAUCAGUUCCCAUCAAGAAGACAGCCCAGCCUGUGUUUCUACAUCCUUGGGAGCAGAAGAAACUUCUUCCCAAACAAUUCAUUCCAUUUUCAAAAA